UUUCUCACCACACCACCAUCGUUGUAUACCUGAUUUGGGACGUUUGUCAUGGCAUAAUUGCAAAAACUGUUGUGUUCAAGCUCCACUUGCUUUCACUUGGUCUUUAUUUACAGUUCCAGACAGUCAGGACGGCUGAUGCGCGACAGACGACAGUUGAUCCACCACACUUUACGGCAGUCCAUGUCGUUCGGCUGCAAUUAACGCAGCAGGUGUGUCCUGGUCAUGCGCAUUGGACUUCCCUGUGCAGAGACGCUGCAAGGUGGAUCAACCCGAGCUUGGCUUCUGACGGUGCUCCUGAGUGUGUUUAUGCUCCAGCUGCUGAGGACUGUCGGAGUGAGGCUGUUCUCCAUGGCUUCCGAGACGUACACGUCGGGCAUGCACUCGGCCGCCUUUGUCACCUGCCCCAACGACACAGUGGCCAAAGACUUGGCCAGAGGCAUCGUGCAGCAGAAGCUGGCCGCCUGUGUCAACAUUGUGCCUGCAAUCACAUCUGUUUAUGAAUGGCAGGGGGCGAUCCAGGAAGACAGCGAGGUUCUGCUGAUGAUUAAAACUAGAAGCUCCAAGGUUCCCGCUCUCACAGAUUAUGUCCGGAAGAACCAUCCUUACGAGGUGGCUGAGGUCAUCAGCCUGCCCAUAGACCAGGGCAACCCCCCCUACCUGAAGUGGAUUGGAGACAUUGUGCUUGAAUAAGGACUGAUUCAAGGAUGGGUGAUUAUGCAAAAUACUUUUAAUGUUUAAAUUACUUCACAGUCCAUCAGUGUUCAUGUGAAAUGACUUAAAACACACCUUUUGCGCCAAUUUAAUAAAUGCAAAUUCAUAGAUUUGCCUUUAGGGGUCGUCAUAGGUCUGCUUUCAAUCAUCACACUUUCAGUUAAUUGAACCACUGAACAGACAGCAGUGUGUUUUAUUUUGUACAAAUAAAUAUGUUGAAAUAAAACAGCUGGAUAUAUGUUUUUA